UUUGGGUGUGAAGUAUUUGUUUUGUUUACAGUCGGUGAUGCAGAACGAUGUACAGAUAUGAAAAAAAAUUAUGUGUUGCAUUUUUAUGCUUUUAUUUUCGUUUUAGAUAAUUUCUCAUUUGUUCGAGCCCAGCUGGGAAAAGAUCGCUUUAGUAAUUAUAAAUAUUAUCAAGAUGACAGUAGAUUUCGUAAACAUACGUACAGUAAUACAGAAUUUGAGCAUGCUGUUGAUGAUGAAAGGUGUUCAGGAAGGCCCGAAAUUAUUGAGAUAACGAGAGAAACACGACAUGGUAAUAUCCGUGGUAGAGAAGUUAGUCUGUGUGACACUCCAGGUCUUCAGUUAAGAUUUCGUCCUGGGAAUCCUAAUGCUUAUGUCCGUCGAAAUUCCGUUAGAGUUUUCCUCGGUAUCCCUUAUGCAGAACCUCCUGUACAUGAAAAUCGAUUCAAGCCUCCUAAAAGAAAAGAUAAAUUUCCAGAUAUUAAUGAUCCUCAUUAUAAACCAGCAUGUCCUCAGAAUGCAAAGUAUUUAAUGAAAGGAAAAGGCAUCAAUACAACUGAUGAAGAUUGUUUGUACUUGAAUAUUUUUACGCCUGGACAAGGGAGGUGUUUUGAAACAAUUCAAGGAAAAUUUGCUGUUAUGUUUUAUAUACACGAUGGAAAUUUUGAUCAUGGUAGUGGUUCAUUGUUUCCUGGUCAUAUGCUGGCAGCAUCACAAUGUGUUGUGGUAGUUACAUUUAAUUAUCGCUUGGGUCAUCUUGGAUUUUUAGCUACUGGUGAUGGGAAUUCUCCUGGUAAUUAUGGUAUUCUUGAUCAAAUUGAAGCCUUGCGAUGGGUUUAUGAAAACAUAGGUGUAUUUGAUGGAGAUAAUAGCAGAAUAACUUUAGUUGGCUCUGGUGCAGGAGGAGCAAGUGCAGCACUUCUAGCUUUGUCCCCUUUAUCUAGAAGAAUGGUAAAGAGAGUAAUAUCACAGAAUGCAUCUCCUAUAGCUGACUGGGCUGUUAUAACAGAUCGACUUUUCAUGUUUAAUACAAGUCAGAUACUUGGAGAAGAAGUGGGUUGUUCAAAUCAUGAUCUAUCUCUGUUGGUUCAUUGUAUUGGUACAAGAACGAAUAAUGAAAUCCAGAUUAUUAAAAUAAAGCCUAGAAAAGGUUGGCUACCUUGGGGUCCAGUUAUUGACAAUUACACCAGACGUGGAGAAGAGCAGUUGUUACCUUGGGCUCCAAAGGAAAUGCUAGAAAGACGUGUUGUUUUCAAUGAUGAAUUUGCAUAUAUGACUGGUAUCAGUCGGGAUGAAGGUGUUUCAAUAUUUUUGGAAGAUUAUCAAAAUCCCAGUGAUUUAGAAAUAAAUGAAGAGAAGUUCAUUCAGAAGAUUAAGGAUUUUAUGAGAAUGUAUAAUUAUACUGUAAAUUCACAGGGUAUUUUUGAUGCAAUAGAAUUUAUGUAUAAACCAUCUGUUGACGUCGUUAACAAGAAUUUAAGGGAAGCCUAUAUACAUAUGCUCACAGAUCGUUAUUAUGUUGCACCUCUUGCAGAGACAUUACAGCUCAUGAUUAAGAACAGAGUUACAACAUAUGCAUAUGUUUUGAAUUAUACAUUCCAGGGGUAUUCAACAAUUCUGAAAGACUUUGUAUCUUCAGAAAUUGAUUAUCUACUUUUAAGUGGGGCUCCUUUUAUGGAUCCAAAAUUUUACCCAUCAGUUUUAAAUUUGGCUAACGCAAAGUGGACACAGGAAGAUCGUAAUAUGAGUCAAUUUAUGAUGGAAGCUUGGGCUAAUUUUGCUAAAGAGGGGAAUCCCACUAAAACCCGUCUUUUCAAUACGAUUUUGUGGGAACCAGUGACAGAAAACAAUUAUAUCUGCCUCAAUUUGAAUGCAACCAAUACAACUAGCACUAUGAUCGCUGACUACAGAGAAAGAGAAAGUCGUUUUUGGAAUUCUUUUCUGCCUUUCUUUAUUGAUCGUGAACCACCAACAUUAGCACCUACCUUGGAACCCGGUGUUGCUGAACUAAGAAUUGUCACAAGUGCUUUAUGGGGCAGUGUUGCCCUUGCAACAAUCUUAAUUAUCAUCACGCUAAUCUGCUGCACAUUGUAUUGCAGAAUAAGAAGUCAGUGGUAACAGGUGUUGGAAUCUGUCUUGCAUCUACUUUACUUGUCUUGGACUUUUGAAAAGAAGGUGUUAUAGAUGAUCUUGAUUCAUCAAGAGAAGUUAUUGUAAAUCGUUCUGCAGCACAGCAUGAUACACCUGUAUGAAAAAAAUCAUUCUAAGAUUUCUGUGAUAUUUUUAUAUUUACCAUGUACAUUUGCAUUUAUAUCUGAUUUCAGAACAUAUGAUUGUUCAUUCAUAUCAGUUUUAUUUAUUUACAGUUCAUUAUUUGAAAAAGGUAACAAAAAUACCUUUUAAAAAGUUAUUUGCAUGUUAGUUAAAGAAUUCUGUGAGCACAUAUUCACUUAUUAUUAUUUAUAAGCAUUAUUGUUAUUUUAUUUUGCAAUUUUGAAAAGUUUUGUUAAAAUAGUCAUUACUGCAUUAUGUAUGUAUCUUUCAUUUAAAUAUUCAUUACCUCAUUCAAUAUUUAUUUUAAAUAUUAUAGAUUCUCAUGUCAUAUAUUUAGCUUUUCAGUUUAGAAAUUUUCUGAUUUUAUUUUUUUAAAUAUAAUCAAACAUUGACUAUUGGGAUAUAUUAAAAAGUGUCUUGUUAAGUGAAAUGACUUCUUAAAGCGGAGUAUAAAGUAGAUUAAAUUUGAAUUUUUGCAUUAAAUUAAAAAUUUUCUAGAAAUAAAGAAACAUUUUAUUAAUUUGCAUAUAAUUUUUAUUUAUUGUAAAAUAACUGAUUAUUCAGUUUGGGUUAUAAGACUUACUGUUUGGACAUUUCCAGAAAUUGAAAUAGAAUUGUAUUUUAUUUCUUUAAAUGACAUUUUAGUGAUUCUUUCAAAUUACUAGAUUUUGAAAUGUGAAUCUUCAACCUCUUUCAUUCUGCCCAAAAUGUAAAUGUGCAACUUUUACUACAAAAUACAGUAUUGAAGUAUUCCUUGCUUUUUUUUUAUGCUUUAUAUUUAUAAAAAAUUUAACCUUUCAUAAACAUUAGUGUUUAUCUUUCUCUGCAACAUAAUUUUUUUCAGUAUUUUGAAUCUUUAGAAAAAUAUCUAUAUAUAAUCAGAUCAGAGAUUAAAGGGAGAAUGGAAAAAAUUAUUCCCCCCCCCUUAGGCUCACAUAUUUAAACAUAAGGAAAAGGUCAUCUUUCUGCAUUGUAAACUGGGAAAUUUAAAAUCUUAAAUUUACUGGUUUAUGAUGAGAAACCUAUUAUAACAUUUAAAAUAAAGCAAAGAAAAAUAUGAUUUCCUAGGUAUUGAAUAUAUAAGAAUUCUUAGAAGAGGCAGCAUUUUGAGGAAGAGAAGCAGAUAUCAUUUAUAAAAUAUUUUGUUUCCUAGAACUGCAUAUGAUACUCUGGAAAGUAGGACAAAUAAGGGAAUUAUGUUUCAACAUUGUUGUGUACCUUGUCGUGAGUGUGUUUUAAAUUAAAUAAGUUUUUUUUUUUUUUUUUUUUUUUUUUUUUUUUUUUUUUUUUAUGAGAGAAGGAACAGAGUUUUCCUAUGAGUACUAGUGUGAAAAAUGCUAUGAAGUGAGAAAAGUUGAUUUUGGAGCUUCAAAAUGUAGCAUGAUAAGAAGGCAUGUUAAAGAGAUUUGUUUUUAUACGUUGUAGAGUUCCUCACUCUCUUUUGUACUAAAAUGAACAUUGAGGAACCUAGUGAACUAAUGAGCAACUUAUCGCUAAGUUCAAACAACUAAAAUGUAGAAUCAAGAAUGGUUAACCCUUUAUUUCACUCAAAGAAGAAUAACAGUCGGCUAAUUUCUCAGGCUUACACCAAAGCCUCCACUUGGGUUUGAACUCAAAAUAAGAAAUAGGAACUAAAGAGAGACUUAGCCGAAGCUAAUACAAGUGUCUAAUGUACUUGUCCUUGAAUUUAAACUAGCUGGUGAACAUUAAAAGGCACGGAAUAUAUGGCUGAGCAUAACAACUUCAAGAGAGAGCCCAAAGACAAACAUAUGCUACUCAGGCUCCCUAGCUCUCUCUCACGAAGUUAGUUGAACCUUCCUUAAAUACUACUUCUAACUCAUUUGCAUUCAAAGCGAUUUUUAAAAUGCAUUUUGGUAGGGAGGGAAAGCACUUUGAAAUUAAAAUAAAUG